GCUGAUAUAUAGUGGAGCGACUCGGAAGGGAAGUUAGUAUCGAGGUGAACAUUUAAGGUGAAAGAUGUCUGUGGGUUUAAUCGCAGUUCUCACGCUUUCCGUGAUCGCGGGAUGUUACGGAAACACCUUCAAGAUGGGAGCGUGCCCCAGAGUUGUUGUUAUGGAUCAAUUCGAUUUUGACAGAUAUUCUGGUGAAUGGUAUGUUAUUCAGAGAUUCAAUCCCAUGGCUACCUGCACCAAAUAUGCAAUCGAGAAAGGUCCUGACGGAGUGUACACCGUCAAUGAAACAAGUCGACCCCUUGGCUUAAACUUCGGAUUCCAUCAGCAAUAUAUUAAGGCAAGAAAAAUAAACUUUUUGAGAAAUGACACGACCUCUAUUUUUAGAUUGGAGAGAAAUUUAGUUCAUUUCACACUGAGUACUUUUGGCGUUGUGGACACCGAUUAUGUCAAGUAUGCUAUCGUUUGGGGAUGCGAUCCCGUGCUAUUUGGAAGCGUGCAAAAUGUUGACAUCCUCUCCAGACAGCCGACGCUCGAUACGGACACCAUAAAGAAGGCAAAGGACACUUUGAAGGAGAUGCACAUCGAUACAAGUCCUUUGGACAAUGUUGACCACUCUCACUGCGGCAAUUCUGGAAAUGGCGAUGGCUCUGAAGGGGAGGGAAACGCUAAUACAAAUAAUAUUGUCGCUGGCUAGUCAUAAAAAUAAUGUUUGUACAUUUACAUCAUCAAAGUAGAUAUCAUUAUCAUGAUAAAUGACCACAGUAAGCACAUCAUAAAACUAUUUGAAAAUGUUCAUAUGUUAGUUUAUUGUUUGUUGUUAGUAAAUGAGAUUUCAAUUCAAUAAAAUUGUAGAGCGGUCGUUACUUAAAAGCGUCUUCAUAGAUUUGUUCCACCAUACAAAAUAAUUUGUGAAUAAACGAUUAAAAAUUGAA